AUGUCCCAACACGCACGAAUAGAGGAGCUCUCCGACUCCGACUCCGACUCCGACCCCCCGGAGCAGGACCCAGAUGACUUCACCGACACCCUCAUCCGCCCCGCCAGCAUCCCCCCACCCUCUUCUCUCCGCCCUCCGCAACGACAACAACCGCCCCUCCAAUCCCGGCAACCUCAAACGCCAUCCUUCAAUUCCACCUCUCCACCAGAAUACAAGCACUACCAAUGCCUCUACCCGCUGUACUUCGACGCCAGCAAGACCCGCUCCCAAGGGCGCCGCGUGAGCGCCGAACAGGCCGUCAAAAACCCGUUGGCGAGGGAGAUUGUCGACGCGGUACAAUUGCUAGGAUUGAAGACGGUGUUUGAGCCCGGGAAGACGCAUCCGAGGGAUUGGGCGAAUCCGGGACGGGUGCGGGUGUUGGUGAAGGAGGGGGGAAGGGCGAGGAGUGCGAAGGUGAAGAAUAAACACCACCUCUACACCCUAAUCUCCCAGCACCUCAAAGUCCACCCCACAACCGCCGAAUCGCCACUCCGCCUAAGAAUCCAAGGAAUGCCCCCACCGCAACUUCCCAUACCACCGCCCGCUGUACCGAAAGGGUGGAUAAUUAAUGACAUACUACCGCUACAUUCGCCGGCGCUGAGUGGAGGCGGGGUCAGCGAGAAUAUAUUGAAGGACGUGAUGCAGGAGAUGCAGAAUGCGCAGGGAGGAGGGGGCGGAGGAGCGGGUGGGGGCCCAGGAGGACUGGCUGGGAUGCUGGGAGGGAUGGGAGGAGGGGGGCAGGGGAGCGUGGAGGGGGCGGCGGCUGGGGGAAAGAGGAGAAGAGAGGGAGGGAAGAAGAAAUGA